GGCUCAGCUGUUGUUGAACGUGGCUGUGCAUGCGCGAACAUUUCCUGCUUGAGUGUACGAUACAUAAUAAUGCGAUAAAAUGAUAGCGCGGUUGCCCCAUCGUCAAUUGAGACUCAUGUGCUCUUUAUCGUAACGGUAGCCGAAUUACUUAGUGAAUUUUUCCGCGUUCGCUUAUUAACAUGCCUGAGUGAACUCAGCUGCUUGCAGAACCAUGACGGUGAAGGUGGCUUUUACGCUCGUCUUCGCGUUCAUUGCGACUACUACACGUCAGCAAGUAGUGGGCCAGAACACCGACAGUUCGCUCGUUUUGCUUCAAGUGGUGUACAGACACGGGGACAGGACACCGAUUAGAACCUUCAAGAACGACCCUAUUCCAAUCACAGCCUGGAAAGAGGGACCUGGGCAGCUGACCAAGAUUGGAUGUCUGCAGCAUUAUGUUCUGGGAAGCCAUCUGAGGUCACGUUAUGCACACUUCCUUACUGGAAAUCCUCAUCAGCUGCGAGUCUGGAGCUCGGACAGGGACCGCUGCCUGGCAAGUGCCCAGUGCCACCUGGCUGGAUUCUCAGUGCCUUCUGCAGACUGGGCCUGGAACAAGACCUUCCACUGGCAACCUGUUCCUAUACAUACCCGUCCAGCUUUUGAAGAUGGGAUGCUUGUUCCAGGAGAAGCUUAUUGCCCUGAAGCUGAUGCAGAAGAGGAGCGUGUGAAGAAUUCUCCCGAAGGGCAGGCUUUCCUCAAAAAAUAUCAUAAACUUUAUGAAACACUAACUGAAAAAACUGGCAGCAUUAUUGCAGACUGGAAUGAUGCUGGGUACGUAUACGACGCUCUUCUCAUUGAGAGAUACCACAACUAUACUGUGCCCAAGUGGGCUAAAGAACUGUGGGAUGAUUUGAAGUACCAAAGUGACCAAUGUUUCGUCUUCCACACCAAGACUCCCCUUCUCAAGCGACUGCGUGCAGGGCUGUUAGCGGCCAACAUGUCGGGAAACCUGGAGGCAGCAGCACGUAACAAGUCAGAAUACAAGGUCUUCAUGUAUUCCACACAUGAUACUGAAAUAUCGGCUAUUCUGGAUGCCCUGGGUGUAUUUGAUGGCCAUGCCCCUCCUUACUGCUCCUCGCUUGUGCUUGAGCUAUGGAAAAAUGGGCCGGGUAACUUCUCUGUGCGUGGGCUCACGCUCAAUGCAUUCGAGUUGGAGCCCCGGCCUUUGCACUUUCCUGGCUGUGAUAACGAGUUUUGCACACUGGAGGAGUUUCUGGACCUGGCCAAAGUGUACAUUCCGGAUGACUGGCGGCGAGAGUGUGGUCUUCAACAAUCGUUCUUCCUGUCUGAUGGAGCGUUGGCGUUGGUGAUUGGGCAGAGCGCCAUACUGGCCAUUGUGGUGUUCAGCUGCACCGCCUACUGUCUUUUGCGGAGGCGCAAGACACCAAAGAAUGUGGUUGCUUACUCGCCACUUCCCACUGAGUUUACGACGACCAACUGAGCAGAUAUUGCACAGAGGAAGAUAAUCAGUUGCAUGGAAACUUGGUGUGUCUUGCCACGACCACUUGCAGGAUGGACAUUUAGCAUAUUUGGGAGCCACUCUGUACUCUGCCAACGUCCACUAGGCGAAUGCACUGAAAACGUGGGCAGAUACAAGCAAAGAGUGCAAGCCCAUCAAUAUGCUAAAUCUGUGGCAGGUCUUCCCGCCACUCCCCUGUGAUUGAAUGCAUUUCAUAGUAGUGGCACCCCUGGGAGGCUGGAGGCAGGUUUAAGUUGAUAUCGAGUAUUUAAUGUUUACGUAAAGGUUACUGUGCCAUAGAGGCUGGAAACUAUUUGCUUUACCACAAGGAUGUGCAAACAAGGUAUCUGAACAGAGGAGCUGGGUUCUGCACAUAUUGUGCAUACUUUUCGAUGUGACACUUUAAUCUAAUCAGCACAGUUCUCCUUCAUGUCUAUUUGUAUCAGCCCUGGACCAAUAAUAUGGGCACUCCUGAUAAUUUUGUUGAAGAAUAACUAUGUGGGCUGCCAUAAGACAUUCCUUAAAGGGGCAUUGAGAGUUUUGGCCAGCAUUUAUGUACAGAAUUGUCACGUUUUACUGAAUGAAAUUUAGAAAUGAAGUCAUGGACUAUGGACUAUAUUAGAUACAUAGUAUCUGAACAUUCAGUAUUCUCCCUCAGCUGUGGAUGUUCUUGCAUGGUUGCAGCACUUGAAUACUGUGCUAGUUGAUGAUGUUAGCAAUCCUUGCUUGCACUUGCUCUGUUAUUUGAAUGUCUGGCAUGUGAUCAUUAGUGAAAUGUUAUUGGGUGUACACGGUUUGACGUGCAGCUCUAUAUCUUUUCCAUUUUCGAUGCUGGCACCAUGGUCUUGCAUUGUGAAAAUUAUUGUGCGUAUUACUUCCAUGGUAUUGCUCAAACUGAACUUAGUUCUGCUUGCGCAGAGCACUUAUAAGUCAACAUAAGUUUGCGGCACUGUUGUCUAGGAGUCAUAUUUGCAGUAUUGCUGUCAUUGAGUGUGAACCUGCUAUACAAUUGUAUGUGUGUUUAUUCAAUAUACUUUUUUAGGGAGGCUAAAGAAUUUACAGAUUCUUAAAUUUAAUGUAUACUCUUGGUACACAGCAAAAUCAGCAUGGGCAUUAAAGGUACUCCACACUCAACACAUGAAACCUAGCUCUUUUCGUUGGUCUUGAAUUUGUAUUGCUGGAUUUUUAGACCUCUAUUAAAGUUUUCAAAAAACAA